ACUGCUGUGUGUUUGGGAGUGUCCAAGUGGAAUUUAAUAGUUCUUCGUUUUAUAUUCCUUUUGCUUUUGGCUAAUGUAGAGCUGCACUAUGUCGAAAACGAAGAAGUCAGUGGACGAAUGCAAGGAAACGAAGAAUCCAGAGUUGGAUCUUGUUGACAGGGGAAUUUCGGCUAUUUCAGAAAUUACUGAUCUAAUGAGCUUGCGACAUCUGACACGGAUAACUCUUGCACACAACAAGAUUGAAGUUAUCCCACCAAAUAUUGCUGAUCUCUCAAACUUGGAACAUCUGAAUGUCUUCAACAACCACAUUACAGAACUUCCCAUCACAUUGUCUACCAUGCCCAACCUGAGGAUUCUCAACGUUGGGAUGAACAGAUUGAAUUCCCUACCCCGUGGCUUCGGUGCUUUCCCUUCUCUCGAGGUGCUCGACCUCACCUACAACAACCUCAGCGAGAAAACUCUUCCUGCGAACUUCUUCGUGAUGGCAAGCCUGAGAGCUCUUUAUAUGGGCGAUAACGAGUUUGAAUAUCUGUCUCCAGAGAUCGGCUUGUUGAAGAAUCUCCAAAUUUUGGUGCUGAGGGAGAACGAUCUCGUUGCUCUACCGAAAGAGAUAGGUGAACUGGUUCGGCUGCGGGAGCUCCAUCUACAGGGCAACCGACUAACCGUUCUGCCUCCGGAGUUGGGGAAUCUCGACUUGGUCGGUUCACGUCAGGUCGUGAAGCUGGAGGAUAAUCCGUGGGUGCCGCCUGUAGCUGACCAACUGCAGGUCGGAAUGUCUCAUGUCAUGGACUACAUCCGCUCGGAGACGUACAAAUAUUUGUACGGGCGCCACAUUGCCGCGGGAGCACCGCCUCCACCCAAGAGGAUUGACAGAUCGAAGAAGAUCAGUCGCAAAGGGCAGCAGCAUGCGUAGAGCUUGAAUCGUUCAUCGUUCGUGGACUACUGGGUUUCUUGAGAAUCGUGUAUUGAGCUGAAUGUGCCAAAUUUAAUGGGCCGAGCGAAGCAGUGCUUCACAUUUUGCACGUGAAUCAUGUUUGAACUGUUUUUAAACGGGUUAGGACCAGAGAGCCGUAGCGUUUCUCUUAAGUAGAUGAUGUAAGACAGCACGCUAGAGGAUUGCAACAGUGUUUGGUAAUAGUAUGGUGCAUAUUUUUACCUCGACCAGAUUUGACGUAGCUAGUAUAUUGGCAAGCCCAAAUAUUUGAACAUUUGUUAUUGACGAUUUGUCUGAAAGUAUUGCUUGAAGUUGGGGGAAAUUAACAUUUGUUCUUUUCGGUGUGUUGACAUUGUAGCAGAUGUGUGAGCAGUGGUGUUCACUCUGAUAACAUUGUAUAGAAUAUUACACGUAGUUUUUGACUGCUUAGUAAUUUUUAAAAAUGUGUAAGAUGUCAUGCCAAUUGUUGUGGGUGGUUUGCAGUAAUCCAUAAAAUUCCCUAUCAUCUACUUCUGAUAAAAUGUGACUGCAUGUUAUUCCGAAGGUCUCCAUGCAUAAAGAACUAAUGCCGUACAGAAUCCCGUAGUCUCAUUGAUCACAGUAAAGCUUCAUCAAAUAAUGUAAACUAUAUAUCUGUGCCAGAAAACCCCUUGUUAUUUACAUUAGCGCAAGUUCUUAUAUAACUGUCAAACUCAAAUUAUUAAUGGUGCUAUAGUCCUAAGUGAUAGAAGCUGAUUUUGACGUUUGUUUUUUGGGUUUGCAGUCUGCUGUAUAUUAUUAGCUGUAUUAUUAUUAGCUGUAUAUUAUGUUAGCUAGUUGGUGACAAUAUUGUAAAGUGUCCUAAAAAUUACUUUAUUAGUAUUUACUUUAUUACUCUAUUUAACAGUUGUCGUUUUAGUGACGUUUAUUUAUAAUCAAGCCGUGGAAACUUAGUUGUUUUACUAGCGCUACAUGUAGUGAACAUGUACUUUUUUAUAUUUUGUAACUUAAUAAACCUUGUGGUGAAGUAAAAUGUAGAUGAAAAAUGUCUACUAUUAUAGAUCAGUUAUUUUUAGGGACGUCUAUUUAUUCAGCUUACAAAAAAACGAAUCAUGAAGUGCCUUCCAUAUGGGGAAUUGAACUUUUGACUAUAACUUUCCAGUCGGGGUAAGGAUAAAGUUCAGAGAAUAUCCUGGAAAUAAUUCUUGUAUAAGUAACUCGUCUCGUUCCUUCGUGAAGUGCUAGUACUGCUAGGACAUUAAACUAUAUAAUUCCUUCGAUGCAUGUACUGUUUUGUGCACUUUGAAUUGAUGCUACAAAAAUUUAUGUAAACGUUUAUCCAACAUUGUUGUUAGUUUCGCUAGCAAGUAACGUGUCACUUCGUAGCUUUGUUAUACUUGCACAAAUUCGCAGUGGUUUUUCCAGGGAUGAGAAGUGAUAUUAUCUCGGUUUUUUUUGUAUCCGUUUGCCAUCUGUUUAAUCAUAGAAUUGUUCCUGUUUCAAUCUUGCAGAUGUCACUAAUCGGGACCCAUAUGCGACUUGGUAGAUAGUAAAUUAUUACAUUGGUACAUGUA